AGCCGGGGUAUUUCUCUAGCCGACCAGAGCCACCGCGCGCCUUCCGCGCUGCCCGCCGCCCGAUGGCCCGCGGCACCGCCCGCCGCCUCCUGGCCCUCGGCGCCGCUGCCCUCGUGGCGCUGCAGCUGGCGCCCGCCUUCGUGCCGGCGCCGCGGGCCUCGCCCGCGCGCGAGGGCGCGAUCGCGGCCGGGGUUAUCGCCGCCGGCUACCUGAACGCGAUGCCGGCCUUGGCGCGCAUCCCCGGCGGCAAGUUCGAGAAGGCCAAGGACAUCACGAUGCCGGCGCCCCCCGAGGACGGGCUGACCGACGCCCAGGUUGCCCUGUCGCUGUUCGUUGCGCUCCUCCUGAUGUUCGCCAACAUCAAAGUCCCCUCGCAUCCCGGCGCACUGCCUAACCUGGGACUCACACAUGUUCGCCGUUUUGCGCACCGAUCGUCCAGAACCUCGUGACGCAGUGAAUUUGGAUGUAUUUGGGCCCCCGGGGCCCAACGAUAUUCAUAUCCACUGCCUCCCAGUGUCCCAGGACAUCGUUUCCCAAAGUGGUAGACAUUUAUCAUCCCCAGCUUCGUAGUCAUCGUGUGCUUCCUCAUCCUCCCGCUUAUCUGGCAUUCGGUGGGUCCCCUCGUCGCCACGGCCGGACGAGGCUCGACAAGCGGGUCAGCGUGGGCCACGCAGGGUUCCAUCCGCACGAGGGCCGUACCCAAAUAGGCGCGGGCCAGGCGGGGGGGAAGGAGGCGGGAAGGAGCCGAGGAGGCGCGCAGUGUUGCGGAUUCAUUGCAAGCACCUUCCAAAGCAAGAGGGUUGGGGAAUCAUUCUGGGUCC